AUGUCGUCUCUACAGUCAAGCAUUGACUCCAACCUGGACGCUCGUACCGACGAAUGGAUCGGUCGUGUGAGGCGCUUUACCCUUAGCCAAGUGAACACUGAAGGCCUACAGCACCCGUUGGUAGCCGCCCGACGUCAGAGUACCUUCGCUCAGUCGGGCCAAUCUUCAAGCCAUUCGCUCUUCUAUAAAAAGGGCGCCCAGUGA